UCUAAUUCUGUGCUCUAUGGGAAACUAUAAUGACAAAGCAGAGAGGUAUAAAUAAUGCAUGGACUUGCCAAAUCUGUGUAUAAGUCACCUGGGUGAGGAGGAAAUUGUACACAGCCACCUCUCCCAGGUGAAACUCCUCCCAGGCUACAGGUGACUCAGACCAGAUAUACAGGUACACGGAGCAGGAACGACUAAAGGGAUUUACUAGCUCUGCAGCCAUGGAGGAAGAGUCCGGCGUGGACAUAGAAACUCUCAUAGACGAAUUUGAAUACAUUCCUGGCCAUUUCCACUUGGAAAUGAACCUUAACUUUGAAUCUUGCACCCCAGCAGAGUUUCGAAGACGGGACAUUAAAUUGAAGCGGGAUGCCCUUCAGUUCCAGCUGGAGUUUGACUCUACUUUCCAGCACUCAGCAAUCAGAAAUCUGCUUGGCGUCUUUUCUUUCUAUCUGGAUGAGAUUGACAGUGCCAAGGAGAUUUUUGAUAACAUCACCAAGCAAGAAACGGAUAAUUUAAACGCAUGGGCCAACCUGGCAUAUGUGUAUGACAGACUCAAUUUGGAGGAAGAGGCUUCACACUGCACAGAUAAGAUAUCUCAUCUCAUGGGCCUGGAGACAGAGGAUGAGGGCAGCAAGGAGCAUAGGCUAAGGGCUGCCCGCUGCCUGGCAGAGCAGGGUUAUGCCCAUGCCUAUGAUGUGGGACUGCUGAAUGAAGAAGACAGCAUGGAGAAACUGAUGGCCGGGAUUAGUCUGUAUGACAAAGCCCUCAACUAUAGCAAACACAAGAUCUCAUUGGAAGAGGAAAGGAGCUGGUAUUUCACAAUGGCCUCUCUCUGUAUGCGGUUAGAUGAAAUCUUCAUGAAAAAAGAAGAACCUGAACAGAGCCGACUGUUAUUUUUUAACAAGACAUUGAUGUUGCUCCGUGAAGCUGUGAAGUCCUCCCAUAGUCAUUACAGAGCUUUGUCCUGGUGCUACAUCGGGAUGAUGCUGGAAAAACAACAAACAUUUUCCACCACGCCGAUGGGAAUCCAUGACUACGGAUUUUCAGGAACUGACCCACUGGACUGCUUCAGCAAGGCUAUAGAAAUAGGCAAAGGUGAUCCGCUGACACUAAACCGACUGGCGAAAAUGUUUCAUUUCCUGGGAAAGCAAGAAAUGGCCACAGGAAUCUGUAACAUGGCGCUGGAUGCGAUUCAAGAUCCGAAGCUGAACUGGCAGGCAUACCUCACACGCUCCCAGAUUUACAUCAGAAUGUACAUGAGAGACCUAGAAAGGACGAAGAUGGGAUCAUAUGGACUGCCAGACAGAAACCAUCUGACCAGUGCCAAAUCAGACCUGGACCGCAUCAUCGACGUGUAUCCCUGUCUGAAGACUUACCUCGAAAUGGGACAAGUCUGUUAUUACAUGGGUGUGGAUGCUGUCCAAGAACUUCUCCCAACUGAUGAAAAUGCAAUAAAUAACGCAUUAGUUUGCAUUGCCAAAGCCAUGGAGUUUGACAUGGGCGAUACUCUCCCUGAACUGCAGCUCCUGAAGGGAAAAUGCCUUAGAGUCAAAGGUGAAGAACUAAAUGCUAUCAAGUGUUUCAAGCAAGCAUUUCAGCUGGACAACAAAGGCUCGCUGGGCACCGAGACCUUCCGGUGCAUAAUGGAGACACUGUUGGGCUUAUACCACCAGAACAAAAUGGACGCCGAGGAGCUCAUCCAGGAAGUGGAAGUUUGGGUAAAGCGGACUCAGGAGAAAUAUACAUCAGAGGCUGUAAGCCAAGAACUACAGACUGUGUGCAGAAACAACACGUCGGAAAUUGUUGAUCUUUCUAAAGCUAUGAUUGCAAUGGGCAAAAUGGACUUGGUGAAGCUUUUGUUUCAGUCUAUGAAGGUGAAUUGCAAGAGGCCAAGUCUGAGGCUAAGCAGCCGGUCCACUUCCUUCUAAAUCAAGGCCUGUAAAGGAAAUAACAUCAUGUAAAUGCUGGAAGUGAUAUAAUAAGGCAAAGAGCUUUUGUGGGAAGUGGAGUCAUGCAUAGCAACCAGCGAUAAGUCAGAUUCUAUUGUCCUGUCUACACUAAACCAAUGAAAGUAUGAUUAGCCGGUAUGGGUGCCGUGUGUCAGCUCUACUGAACUGCCAUAUUAGAUAAGCCUGUGUAUAUAUUUUUUACAAUUUAAUUCCGUUUUGAUAAACAUAAAGCUGUAUUCUACAACCAAAAAAAUGUUUUUGUUAUUAAAGAUGAACUCCAGCCUUA